GCAGCUGUGUGUACCUGUAAUCUUCUUAUUAAUUCACAUGUUAGUCAAUUUAAUUUACGGUACGAUAGGCAGUGAAAUGGAUAAAGUACUGAUUUAACUGAAAUCGGCCGGGGGUAAGCAAUACUGUUUAUUAUCUGCCCAUGGCGAACACUUCUCUCAGUAUCAUAUCAGUGCAUAUUUUUCAAUCUUGCAAGAUAUAUAUAAUAGAAAGAAUAAUAACAACUGGAAUUUUGAACCUUUUAGUCUUUAGUACGCAUUCUGAAUGGCUUUCCCGGGUACACGACGGAAGUUUUUCCGAUAGGCUUUGGUUAACUGUGUUACUGUGUACGUCGCUUGAUUACUGGCAUCCAGUCUUUACGGAGCGUCUCGCUCGCUCGUAAAAUGGAGUUUCUGGAUGCGGAAACGACGUUCGUCGAUCUCAGCAACCACCAUCUGCUCUCCAUCCCAGAUCAUUUAGUCAGCUACUCCUUUCCCGGAUUACAAUAUUUAUAUUUAAGCCACAACAAACUGGGAACAUUGCCAAUGGAACUGUUUUCUCGCCUCCCGAAUCUCCAAUGGCUGGAUCUGCGUGACAAUCAGCUGCAUGAACUCCCGGAGGAAAUUGGUCGCUUGCACGAUCUGCGAUGUCUGCUGCUGGACAAUAAUUGUCUCACACGUUUGCCAGUUACACUAGCUUACUGUCGUGAAUUAAGCGGCUUGCAUCUGUCCGGCAAUCCUCUAAUCGAACCACCUCCCGAAGUGUGCAAACAAGGUUGCGGGCAUAUUCUAAAAUGGCUGGCCAAAUACGACAUUCAUCCGAAACCACGGCAUGAAUACACAACGAAACGUGACUCCCUGGAAGCAGCGGAGUACAAUGGGCGCCAGUAUGAGCUCUGGGAUUCUCCAUCACAAACGCACUCAACUUGGCACAAACACGAAUCCCGGAAAAAACCGGCAUUUAGUCGGCGUCUGGUUAUGCAGCGAAGUGCUGCUUUUCUCUCCCGUGAUGACCGCAUUAAACUGCGCAAAGCUCCGAUUCCAAGUGAAACAACUUUACGAAAUAAGGCUCGUAAUUUACAAAAGCAGCGACAGGAGCAAAUUCGCAGGGCCACUGCCCUCAGAGAAAUUGAACGCAUGCGUAAGCAGGAUGUGGAAGAUCAGUGGCGAAACGAAACACGCCGGCAGCAGUACGAAAGGUCAGUGCGGAUCCUGUCCGGUGACUUGACGCUCCCACCUGUCCGACCACCGUUUGCCAUGGCAGGCGAUUCCCCUGGCACAGAACAGAUUCAUACCCGUCGAUCGACGGUCAACCGCAACCGCACCCAUUCUACGGCGUUGAGCGCGGGCGAUAAAACAUCGGACAUUGACGACAUCCGUCACCAGAUUCAGAAUCUAAUAGCCCAAAUGAGCAACAGCACAAUCUCGGAGGGGGCCACGGAACCCCAAAGAGCCUUGGUUAAAGCCAACGAAGAUCUGUUGAAGCUGCAGACCCUCCGAAGUCGUCUCGAACAUCCAACAAAACCCCUUUAAUGCAGCUUCUAUGCACCGUUUUAUAUAUAAAGGCAAAAGCACUUAAUGAAA